ACUGGUCAAAAAUGACAAAUUUAAAAUCUUACCUGCCCAUCAAUUCCAUUACGUUAAAGAAGCCGAAAGAAGUGAAGCGGGAGCUUAUUUGGCUUUUCCGGACUUACUGAGUGAAAUAAAUGAUAGCAGUAAAGAAUUAGUUUUUAUUCCAGUCAAUAAUCCUGAUUUUCACUGA